CCUCUAGCAGAUUCCGCCUGAUAUGAACAACCCUGACUUUAGAGGGGAGCCUUCAUACCCCGAGUGGAGGAGCCGGGACUAGCACGGGAGUGGCUCUGGCAUCACUGCUGUCUCAGCUCUUUGAUUUCUCCUUCAGAGAUGCGUGUCACCACCGUGCUUUUGCUGCUGUUCUGCGCUCAGUGCCGGAGCUCUCCGUGUCCUGCUGGGUGUGAGUGCUUCACCGUCACUCGUACGGUCAAAUGCGUCUCGCAGAAUCUUGUGUCGGUGCCGAGAGGCAUCCCAGGGUACGCGAGGACAGUCGUCAUCACUGGGAACUCGGUUGCCCGGGUCUCCGCUGACUCCCUGACGGAGCUGGGGAACGUCUCCAACCUCAUUCUGAGCAGCAAUAGGGUGACAGAGCUGACCUCACACAGCUUCUCUGCUCUCCUCAACCUCCGUUUCCUGGACCUCAGUGGGAACCAGCUGGCUCUCAUCCACCCAGAAGCUCUCAGUAUUCCAGGCAGCCCUCUGCAGGAGCUCAACCUGAGUCGGGCUCUCUUCAACUUCACCUCCUUGACGGACCUCACCACGGCGCUGCGUUGGGGGAACCUACAAGGUCUUCUGCGUCUGGACCUCUCCGGAAACCGCCUCGCUCUGCUGCCGCCGGGCAUGUUCUCCCACCUCCCGAAUCUCCAGCAGCUCAUUCUCACCAACAACUCCUUGAUGGCUGUUUACACUGGGACCUUCUCCGGCAUGAACCACCUGAAGCUGCUGGACCUGACACGGAACAGCUUCAAGACGUUGAGGGUUGAUGACCUGCAAGAGCUGGAGAAGCUGGGUGACGUUCAAAUCCUGCUCGGCAACAACCCGUACUCCUGCUCCUGCGAGACUCAGACUUUCGUCGCCUGGCUGAAUCAGUCGAGAGCCCAGGUGGACCUGGAGGCAGUGAGAUGUUCCUCUCCGGCAGCGCUCACCAACACCAGGCUGAGAGGACUCGGGCUUCACAGCUUGGGGUGUGUGGUUCCAUUCCAGCCAGAGUUGCACGACAUCUCCCUGCAGACCUCCUACGUCUUCCUUGGGCUGGUGCUGGGAUUCGUGGGAAUGGUCUUCCUCUUUGUGCUCUAUCUGAAUCGCAAAGGCAUGAAGAAGUGGAUUAAUGAAAUGAGGGAUGCAUGUCGGGACGUUCUGGAGGGAUACCACUACAGGUACGAGAUCGACUCUGACCCCCGCUUGGGUCACAUCGCGGCAGGUAACGGAGGCUCCGCUGCAGCGGUGGCGGCAGCACAUUUACGGCCGUCUCUGUCCCAGCAGCUGCCCACUGACACAUGCAUGGUCCCGACUGAGGCACCCCUGAAGCCUGUCAUGACCUCGCCCCCUCAGAGCCUAUGA